AUGGCUGCCGUGGGCAUCACCUCCCCUCCGGCGCCACACGCCUUGGCGCCCGCCGCAUCUCCUUCCGCCUCCUCAUACUCCACGCCAGGCCUCCGCCGUCUCCGCCUCUCCACCCGACUCGCCGCCGCCGGGGCGUCGUUCCUCGCGCGGCGGUGCGCCGCCGCUGCCGACGGUGGGGCCGCGGCCUCGGAGGGCGCCUCUGCGGUGGCAGACCCCGACGCGGGCACAGACGUUGCCGGAGGCGCCGCGACCUCCACGCGGCCGCCCUACUCGAUCAUCUCCGCGGAUAACGUGCAGAAGGCGAUGCGCGGCCUUGCAAUUACAGAUGCUGAUCACUAUGGGAGGCUUGGAGUCACCAGGCUAGCUUCUACCGAUGAGGUAAAAGCUGCGUACGAGAAGAAGUGUGAAGAACUAAAUAGCAAAGAACUAGAAGAAGAGGAGCUUCACAAGGAAUAUGACCUCAUAAAGGAAUCAUUUACCAUACUAUCAACCGAGGAAGAACGAAGAUUAUAUGAUUGGAGCUUGUCAAGAAGUGGACAGCCUGAGCGAUAUGUGUGGCCAUUUCAAGUUGAUCCUUUGGAGAUGGCACCAGAUCCACCACAGGAACCAGAGGAUGAGUUUCCAACCAAGCUCGUUGGCUACUUCUUGCUGGUGUGGUUCAUACUCUCCGUUGCUCUCUCAGUGACCCUCAACAAAUGA